AUGGGCUAUGGUUUUGUUGAAUUUAAAUCAAAAACAUUUGUUGAUGAAGCAUUAAAACGUUUACAAAAUAGUGAAUUGAAUGGACAUAAUUUAGAAUUAAAACAAUCUGAACGAACAUUGAAACUAGCUUCAAAUGUGAAAACAAAACGAAAACGUCAAUUAGAAAAGAAACAACAAACAACAAAAAUUCUUAUUAGAAACAUACCGUUUCAAGCAAAUGUCAGAGAAAUUCGAGAAUUAUUCAAACAUGUUCUAGAAUGGGCAGAUGAAGAAAGUGAAAGGAUUGAAGGUUUAAGACGGAAAACGGCCGCAGAAUUUGAUGGUAGUUAUGAAUGA